AUCCUUUCUUGUCAUUUCCCUGUGAAGCUGCACCUUAGUUUUAGCAAAACAACCAUGGCGGCGGCAGCGACGGCGACGGGGCUGAGUAAGAAAAAUUUGCUACCGGCAUUGAGUAAACCAACUCUUCCGUCUAAACUAGGUCGCCGGAAUUUCAGUUUUGGUCUUAAAAAGCUUUCGCCGGUUAUAACUACGGCAAAUGCUGUGGCGAGUAGUAGUGGAAGUGGUAGCACUGAUAAUGGUGCUGUUUCAGUCACACGUACGGCUCCACCACUUCCUCCGUCGCCUUCCACCUCUCGGGUAAAAUGUCACACCAUUUCAGUAUUUGUUGGGGAUGAAAGUGGUAUAAUAAACAGAAUUGCUGGAGUUUUUGCUCGAAGGGGUUACAAUAUUGAGUCACUUGCUGUUGGUUUGAACAAGGAUAAAGCUCUCUUUACCAUAGUUGUCUCUGGAACUGAGAAGGUCUUGCAACAGGUUGUAGAGCAGCUCAACAAGCUUGUGAAUGUCCUGAAGGUAGAGGAUUUAUCAAGAGAACCACAAGUAGAACGAGAAUUGAUGCUCAUAAAGCUGAAUGCAGAUGCAAGCACAAAAGCUGAAAUCAUGUGGUUGGUGGACAUCUUCAGAGGAAAAAUUGUGGAUAUAUCAGAGCACUUUUUGACUAUCGAGGUAACUGGUGAUCCAGGGAAAAUGGCUGCCGUUUUGAGAAAUUUAAGCAAGUUUGGGAUCAAAGAACUAGCCCGGACUGGAAAGAUCGCUUUGAGACGUGAAAAGAUGGGUGAGGAUGCUCCUUUUUGGAGGUUCUCUGCAGCUUCUUAUCCAGAUCUUGAGGAAAAAAUUCCCAGUGUUGGUAUCCUGAACAACAAAAGUCAACCAAUUGCCAAUGAAGCAAGCAAUGAUUCAAGGGGUGAUGUUUAUCCCGUGGAAUCCAGUGAUGAUAUCUCGGUUCAAGUUCUUGAUGCCCACUGGGGAUAUCUGUAUGAUGGAGAUUUGAGUGGGCUUCGGUCGCACACUAUAUCCAUGCUUGUCAACAAUGCUCCUGGGGUCCUCAAUCUGAUAACCGGUGUUAUAUCUCGACGAGGAUAUAACGUUCAGAGUCUUGCUGUUGGCCCUGCAGAAUCAGAGGGGCUUUCACGCAUUACAACGGUGGUCCCUGGAACUGAUGAAACUAUAGGAAAAUUGGUCAAGCAAUUUUACAAGUUGGUAGAUAUUCAUGAGGUUCAAGAUAUAACUCAUUUACCAUUUGCGGAGCGGGAGCUAAUGCUCAUUAAAGUAGCCGCCAAUGCAACAGCAAGGAGGGAUGUCCUUGAUAUUGCCAGUAUUUUCCGCGCUAAACCUGUUGAUGUGUCUGAUCAUACAGUAACAUUGGAGUUGACUGGAGACUUUAAUAAGUUGCUGGCAUUGCAAAGAUUACUGGAGCCUUAUGGCAUUUGUGAGGUGGCUCGUACAGGGCGGAUAGCAUUGGUGCGAGAAUCAGGCGUGGACUCGACAUCCCUCCGGGGUUAUCCUCUUCCUUUAUAGUGCUAGUUAAAUGUCUAAGCGCAUUUUAAUAUGGCCGAGUUCUUUUUCUUGCUGAUUUCUAUUAGUCUGUGAAAAGAGAGUUUAGUUGUAUGCUAUUUAUAGUGCGAGCAGGUACCUGAUAAAAGUAAGAUUGUCACUAUCACAUUAGUGACGGUUCUGUUGUAUUAUUUAGGCAUUCAAUCACAGAAUUUUAAUUGAAAAAAGUUUGACAGAACUCCAAAAUGUGGAGUAGAGCCUAGUAAGUUGAGUAAUGUUGUAUAUUAACGCAGUUGGGAGAAGUGCAUGUCAAAUAUCUAUAUACUAGUUACUAGUGAA